AUGCCUACCCCCACGCCUGAUUGUGAAAUGACGACACCCUCUUACACUGACAACAGCGGUGUAGUCAUCAGUAAUGGCUUCAACGGUACAGGGUUUAGGAUUCCCCCUCAUCCCGAUAGACAGGAGGAGCCUCACUACGACAUGCACACCGUCACUCACCUGCCCGACACGUUAGCGGCAGGCCAUAGGCUAUGGGUGUUUUAUAGGAUGCAAAUUUCUAGAUCGGCUUCCUCCCAAUACUGCUGGAUGGCAGUAGCCUCACCAGCUGAUGCUUUUACGUCACCUCUUACAGGGUGGAUUGAAGAUGCUGAGAGGGUCCAGUUGCUAUUACGGUUGGAUAAGCUGAGCCAUGCUUGGGAGCAAGAGAAAGCUGUUGCCCGAUCGACCUCGGAUAAGGCGAGCGAGUCUGUGGCUGAGGGUCACAAGGACUUGAUGGAUCUUCUGCCGGCACCACCCUCCGAAUUCAAGACGGUUGAGGAUGGUGUGGUAUUGCAAAUGGGAGUAGAGUCGAUGACGAAGGACGAGAACCUUGGUGAGGAAGAGUCUAGUAGUCCAUCUGAAGUUGUUGCUGGGGAUAAGGACGUAACGGAGGAGAGCAUGUUGUCGGGUCCCAAGGGGAGCGUUUCGUUCAACCUUUCGGAAUCGGAUGAGGGCCGGGAUGAGGUCACUGAGGGAAGGGGGUCCUGGGUGGCCCCUAAACCCGAGAGGGCCGUUAGCCGAACUUCCGACGUAAGCAUAUGUGCUUCCUCGAUGGACGAGGUCGGGUCAGUAGUGUCCUAUUCUAGUGAGAUGGCUCCUCUUGUUAUCGAACCAGCCGGAGCUCCACGACAAGGCGGCAGUAGAUUUACGGUUGAGGUCUCGGCUGAGGGUGGCAUUCAGUUGGAAGGGAUAGCAUAUUUGAAAAUUGGUGGGAGGCCUUGUGCAGAGGUGGCGGCCCUUGAAAAGACUCAAAGACAGUUCUUAGCGCCGAUGACGAGGGGCCUGCCGGGCCCUGCUGAUGUGUUGGUUGUGAUGGAGGACGCCAGUGAGAGCUUACUACUGAGAGCGGCAUUUGAGUACUAUGACAAGAUGGAGAUAGUAGAUGCUACACCGAGGUCUUUGGCGUAUGGGAGGAAGAAUAAAGUACAAGUUACUGUGUUGAAUUUGGUCGGCAAUUCCCUCGUGGGUGUUGAAGUGCGGCUAGGGGAGAAGAGGGUGGAUAGCGAGAUUGUUACGGUCACUGGUCGAGCCGUGCCUAAGGGGGAUCCUCCCUGUACUGAGAUAGGCCUGGCCAUAGCACCUAUAGAGAGGGGACGGUCACGAGAGUGUCUUAGUGUUAAAGUCCUCGGCAAGGCUGGAAAUGUAGUGGAGGCGAUCGAUUACUUGCGUUUGUAUCGUCCGAUGGUGUUUGAGUCGAGGGUUAAGGGUAGUCGAGUGAAGCUAGAGGAGGAGGAUACAGUUGCGAUGAGGAAGAGCGGCAUCAACAACGCGGUGGUGUUCAGUAAGGAUCCUAUACAAAAGUUACCACCUACUGCGAGUUUACCCAGUGGAGGGCUCUACUACUCUAUUACUAUCAUCAAGACGGCAACAGCUAUGAAGACCUUUGCCCUGGGCCUCACCACUAUCGACCCUUCAAAUGUUACUAACCUACCCUCCUCUCGAGUUCAGGAGGAUGCCAUUGCCACUCUAGCCCCAAAGGUAGAGGGGCCCUGCUCCCUCCUGAUCGGCUAUGAUCCUCUACAGCUGUGGGUGAAUGGUCGGGCUCAUAAGGUGUCUGCUGGAGACUCUAUUGGUUUACUCUUUACCUUUGACAGGGUACUGGUGUACCAGAAUAGAACUCUCAAGUUGGAAUUGCACAUGGACAACGAGGAGGCUGCUAUGUUUCGUCGGUGUAUGGGUAGGGAGUGGUGGGCAGUCGUUGAUGUCCUUGGAAAAGUCAGCGGUGUGAAACUCAACGGUGACGACGCGGUGCCUCCAGAGAUUCCCCCUCAUCCCGAUAGACAGGAGGAGCCUCACUACGACAUGCACACCGUCACUCACCUGCCCGAGGCGUUAGCGGCAGGCCAUAGGCUAUGGGUGUUCUAUAGGAUGCAAAUUUCUAGAUCGGCUUCCUCCCAAUACUGUUGGAUGGCAGUAGCCUCACCCGCUGAUGCUUUUACGUCACCUCCUACAGGGUGGAGUGAUAGAUGGAUGACUGCUACGGUCGUGAGGGAUUGGCGCAAGAGCGAGUACCGGCCUAAUGAGAAGCACACGUGGCCCUUGGUUUGCUAUGAUCAUUCCCUGUGGUAUGAGAGGGGCUCGAUGAGACUGGACACGUCCAGGGUGACGGAGAAUGUCCCUGCGGGAGAUCUCAAGCUGAGCCCACCUAACCCUAGGCCUUCGGUCAGCCUACAUGUGGUCCGCUGGGCCAACCCUGAUGCGGCUAACGAGUGGGACUUCCCGAGCUGGGGCGAGACGGGAUCAACCAUCUCUGACGCGUAUAUCGUAUCGCUGCUAGGGGAACUAUAUAGGCGUAUAGGGCCCGACUACGAAGUCCUGACAACGUAUGUAAAGUGCAGUGCUGAACUUGACAAGAUCAGCGAGAGAGCGAUUGUGUGCCAGCUCACUGGAAGGCAUCGUGCUGGUAUGUACUUCCUAUGGGUAUGUGAGUUUGAAGACUCUUGCAAUCCUAACAUUGGCGGUUUCGUUGCUCGUGAUUCUUUCUUCAACCUUCUGGCCAGAAUGGAGGCUAUAGGCAUCUGUACUCGCUUUCCUCAUACGUCGCAUCUACAUCGCACCAUAGUGGCUAAGGACCUGUACGCCCACCUCUGUCUUCAAGAGGAUCUGCGAUUACCUAAAUGUGUUAAGGUUAGCAGAGGCUCUGUGAUCACAUCAGCUCACGCUGCUGCCCAGUCUGCAUUGGACAAUCUCAAAAUCAUCAUGGACGGCAAACCCUUGGUGCGAGGUGGUGUUUGUAAGCUUGGUUACUCCUGGGAGGCUAUGGAUGUCCGCACGUUUGACGCUGAGGCUUCGUCGUUGGCCAGCCAGAUGCAGGAUGUUCUCCUGCAGCCGACUUGCAAGAACGAUUCUGUUUUGGUGCAAGAGAGGGUUCCGAAUAGCCUUGAGAUGAGAUUUAUCACCGCUAUGGGAGAGGUUCGCCACGUGACGUACUCCACUUUUGCCAGGAUCAGCGAGGAUGGGCUGUAUAGGGACUUCGAGAGGUCUAUGGACCGAACAGAGGCUGCCCAUAGGUGGUUUGAGGGAGAUGUUGAGGCCCUGAAGGAAGCCGAGGGUAUAUGCCACACGUGCAUACGAGCCUGGCAGCGAUGGAUGCUGACGGAGGCGGACCAGCCAGCUCCGGCCCUGCGGUAUGACUUCAUUAUUGGUCGCGAUGAGCACGGCAAGUUGACGGUGUAUUUGGGAGAACUCUGUGAGUUGGGCUUUAGCAUAAUGGACUACCCCUAUGCUGAGAGGGAUGUCUUUGGUGCUGUGGUGGACUCAAUAACGUGGGAUAGGCCCUGUUUGAGCUGUGGGGUUGGGAAAGAACAAGCUCCAGCAGCAUGUGGAUUAUGUCUUAGCGGAGCGAAGCUCCCUGUGAAGCCACCAACUGUUUCCGAGAAGGCUACCACGCACUAG